AUGGAAACUCAAACUCAGCCACACACCACAGCGCAGCCCACCCCCGUCAGGCACGGCUUGGCGCGGGCGGUGGCGCGGGCGGUUAAGCGGCAGGCAGCAGGGGCACAGAAUAGUUUUGAUGAGGAGCAUGUUUUAGCUUUAAUUCUGAAUAAAGACUUGGAAAAAACAAAAUGUAUAGAAAAAUUGAAAAAAUAUUGCCAAGAAUUAAAUGAAGUAAAUCUAAAAAUAGAACAAGUACACGAAAAAUUAAAAGAUUUUUGUGAUAAUGGAAAAGCAGAUACAAAAUGUCAAAGUCUACAAACCAAAGUUAUGGGAAAAUGUACAGAUUUUAAAACAAAAAAGUUAGAACCAGCAUUAAAGGAUCCAUCAGAUGAUAAUUGCAAAGAGAAUGAACGACAAUGCCUAUUUUUGGAAGGAGCGUGUCCAAAUGAACUUAAAGAGAAAUGUAGCGAACUAAGAAAUAAAUGUUACCAGAGAAAACGUGACGGAGUAGCAGAAGAAGUCCUUUUGAGGGCACUUCAUGGGGAUUUAGAAAACACAACUGAAUGCGAAAAGAAAAUCAAAAAUGUUUGCCCAAAAAUAGGCCAAGAAAGUGAUGAGUUGACAAUGUUAUGUCUUGAUCAACAAGCAACAUGCGUAAGUCUUGUAGCAAAAGGAAAAAGUAAGUGUAGUGUUUUGAAACAAAAAGUCGAAGAAGCACUUAAGGAGAAAAAUGAACUACGAGGAAAAUGUCUACCAUUACUUGAGCAAUGUUACUUUCACAGAGGGAACUGCAAAAAAGAUGCAUCACAAUGCAAACCUCAAAAUAAAGACUGCGAGGACUAUCUACCAAAAUGUGAUGAAUUAGCAAAAGAAUGUGGAAAAAAGGGCGUCAUUUAUAUACAUCCAGGGCCCGAUUUCGAUCCAACUAAGCCAGAGCCUACAGUAGCAGAGGACAUAGGGCUAGAAGAGCUUUAUAAGAGGGCAGAGGAGGAUGGAGUUUUUAUUGGAAGACAACAAGUAAGAGAUGCGACAGCUUUGUUGGCGUUGUUGGUUAAAAAAGAUAAUACCGGAAAUAAUGAUAUCGGAAAAAAAUGUAAUGAGAUUCUCGAAAAUAAAUGCAAAAACUCUCAUGAACAUGAGGCCUUGGAAAAACUAUGUGCAAAAAAUGCUGCAAAUAACAUUGGAAAGGAAAAGUGCAAAGAAUUGGAGGAAGAUAUUAAAAAAACAUGUAAUAUUUUCGCGUCAAAGCUUAUAAAUAAUCAUCUUUUUGAUCCAAAAAAAGGAAAUAAUGGAAUUAUUGGAUGGGGAGGAUUGCCAACAUUCCUUAGCAACGAAGAUUGUACAAAAUUAGAGUCCUAUUGUUUCUAUUUUGAAAAAAAAUGUCAAGAUGGCGAAAAAUCAUGUGCGAAUGUAAGGGCAGCGUGUUAUAAGAGAGGGCUUGAUGCACGGGCAAAUAAAGUGCUGCAAGAAAAUAUGCGAGGAAUGUUACAUGGUUCAAACAAAAGCUGGCUUGAAAAGUUUCAACAAGAAUUAGUAAAAGUAUGCAAGGAACUAAAAGAAAAUAAAGAAAAUUUCCCAAACGAUGAACUAUUUGCUCUGUGUGUACAGCCAGCAAAAGCAGCCCGGUUGCUUACACAUGAUCUUCGAAUGAAAACUAUCUUUUUACGACAACAGUUGGAUAAAAGGCGAGAUUUUCCGACAGACAAGGACUGCAAAGAAUUAGGGAGAAAAUGUCAAGAUUUAGGAGAGGAUUCAAAAGAAAUUACGUGGCCAUGUCAUACAUUGGAGCAGCAAUGUAAUCGUUUAGGAACUACAGAAAUUUUAAAACAGGUUUUACUAGAUGAACACAAGGAUACUUUGAAAGAUCAAGAAAGUUGUGUAAAAUAUCUAAAAGAAAAGUGUAAUAAAUGGUCUAGAAGAGGCGAUGACCGUUUCUCUUUUGUAUGUGUCUUCCAAAAUGCUACGUGUGAGCUGAUGGUAAAAGACGUACAAGAUAGGUGCAAAGUAUUCAAAGAAAAUAUAGAGAAUUCAAAAAUCAUUGGAUUUCUUAAAAAUAACACGGAUAAAAUAACAAGAUUAGCAAAUGUUUGCCCAUUUUGGGACCCAUAUUGUGAUAAAUUUUCGCCUAAUUGUCUAGAUCUUUUAAAAAAGGAUACUUGUACAAAAAUUAAAAAACAUUGUAAACCAUUUUAUGAAAGAAAAGCCUUGGAAGACUCUCUCAAGGUUGAACUUCGAGGAAAGUUGAAUAAGAAAAAUGAAUGUACUACAGCAUUAGAAGGAUAUUGUACAAUAGCAGGAAACGUAAAUAAUGCGUCAAUCAAAAGUUUAUGUAAAGAUACUACUGAUAACAAGUCUAAAAAGGAUGACAAUAAAGUUAGAGAAGAGCUCUGUGAGAAAUUAGUGGAAGAAGUGAAAGAACAAUGUAAAACAUUACCAACAGAAUUAGAACAACCAGAAAAAGAUUUACAAGAAGAUUAUAAGACAUAUAAGGAACUUAAGAAACAGGCAGAAGAAGCAAUGAACAAGUCCAAUCUUGUAUUAUCACUCGUUAAGAAAAACGAAAGUAAUGCAUCAAAAGGUAAUAGUAAGGAUAAGAAGAAUGCUGUUUCAAACGAGCAAGAUACCACAAAACAUGCGAAAAUACUACGGAGAGAAGUUAAGGAUGUAUCGGUAACGGAAUCGGAAGUUAAAGCAUUUGAUUUGACAGCAGAAGUAUUAGGAAGAUAUAUAGAUUUAAAGGAAAAAUGUAAUAAAUUGACCUCAGAUUGCGGGAUUAAAGACGAUUGCGAUGCUUUAAAAAGUGUGUGUAAAAAGAUACAAGGAGUAUGUUCGAAAUUAGAACCACUGAAAGUGAAGCCACACGAAACAGUAACAAAAACAAAUAUAACCACGGUCACAGAAACAGUCAAAGAAGCAGAAAAAACAGGAGAUAGCGAAAAAUGCAAAUCUCUCAGCACAACAGACACAUGGGUUACACAGACAUCGACACACACAAGCACGUCUACCAUCACAUCUACGAUUACAUCAAAAAUAACACUCACAUCAACGAGGCGUUGCAAACCAACCAAGUGUACGACAGGGGAUGAUGCAGAGGACGUGAAGCCGAGUGAGGGAUUGAAGAUGAGUGGGUGGAGCGUGAUGAGGGGGGUGAUAUUAGCAAUGAUGAUUUCGUUCAUGAUUUAG